UAUGCCCCAAACACCUCCAAAUACAUCAAUUGUUAACAAUAAUGGGAAAUGUUAAUAACGAAGCUGUACCACUAGCGUGGGCCUUAAUGACGCGGAAGUCGCAAGAAGCAUAUGUAGCGGUUCUUGAAUAUUUCAAGGAUCAUUUAACACCGAAUAUUGUACCAACAGUGGUUUGCCAAGAUUACGAGAUCGGCUUGAGAAACGCAAUAUUGUACGUUUAUCCUAACGUCCAAGUCAUUCACUGUUGGUUUCAUUACACUCAGGCUCUAUUUAGGCGAAUCAGGAGCAAACUCGGACCUAGAGACUUGCAAAAACUACGGAACUGGAGACUAGCCAAAGUUUUCUACAGAAAAAUGUGUGCAAUCGCACUUCUGCCUGCUGCAGAUAUUCCUGCGGCUUUUCGAUGGCUAGUGGAUAAUACCGCUCCGGACAUUCAGGCUUUCUUCGCUGAUUUGAUUCAGUAUUUCCAGGAUACCUGGUUGGGGAGAUUCACACCUGAAAAAUUGUCCGUUUACCUAUGCAGGGAACGGACGAAUAAUAAAAUCGAAUCUUAUCAUCGCGUUUUGCACCGACGAUUCGGCCAGCAUCCCCGUAUCUGGCAGUUUGCCGCGAAAUUGAAAAAUCUACAAACCAUCACCCGUACGGAAGUUGAUGCCCUCGACAGAAGUAUUCCAGUACGACGUCCAACGUCUCAGGAAAAUUUGAGUCGACAAAUAACAAUUGAUUGUCUGUGGGAACUGUACGAGAAUGGUUCUUGGGAUCUGGCUCGCUUCUUUGGAUGUGCAAAUCAUCUAUCUGCUAUCUUUCAGAAUGUGUUUGUCAUUACUACAGCCCACGAGGUGCACAUGUUUGUCAGAGCAGCAGGUCAUAAUGUGGAUACUCCACCACCCCGCAAGGCAAUGGGGGCUAUGAAUGCGAUACUGCCUAAUGGACUCUACAGAAUCCCAAUUCUUCAAAUUGACAGACAAGAACAGAACAUCUCAAUCCUUAUUUGUGAGUAUAAUCCAUAAUUUCAUCUCAUAAAAAUUUAUGCCUGUUAAUUCUAGAUAAUUAUUUCCCGAAAAAAUCGAUUUGGUAAAUGAUAAAUGCCAUUAACCCAUAAUGCACAUAAAUGCGUACAAUUAUUUUUUAAUCACAUAUGUUUUUGCAGUGGAAGACUUAAAUCAUUCUCUAUGUCCUGGAUGUAAUGUGU